AGUCCGGGCAAUUAUUAACAGGAAAACCUCUACCAGAAUAAUAUAACGACGACGUUCAAAGCUCCAACCCUCUACACUCACAACCUCACUUAAUUCUUCAACUCUACAACACUGUAACUGUAACCUUAUAUACUACCUCUAUUCACAAUGUUCCCCCUCCGUGCUUUCACCCGCUCGGUUCCGCGCAUCUUCUCCAGAUCCAUUGCCAUCUCUGCCAGAACCGCCGCCCCAAAACCAAGCAUCUUCCAGUCCACAUGGAUCCGUCCCAGAUAUAUCUUCCCUGCUACUGCUGCUUUCUCCACAACUAGAGCAAGAUGGGAGCCUGCAGGACAGUCUGAUCUCGAACUGGCGGCCAAGCUGAAUGAGGAAAUGAAGUAUGAGCAGAACAACUCCACUGUUGAGACACCACCGGAGUCGGUGCAGUAUUAUAUUGAGAAUAGCCCUUUUGAGAUUCUACACAAGGAAGGCGAAGAUGAAGUUGUCCUCACAAGGACAUUCGGAGAUGAGAACAUUCGAGUUGCAUUCACUCUCUCAGACAUCCAAGAUCUGACCGAGAGCGAAUCUGCCCUGGGCGACGAGCAUGACGACCUAAACACCCCCAUCAACCAAAGACAGGACAGAGACGGCCAAAUCCCCGUCGCCCCUGAGGACAAAAUCUCCGCCGCCGACCAAGAAGACGCAGACCUUGAAGACGACCAAAUCCCCAGCUACCCAGCCCGCGUCAGCGUCACCAUCGAGAAGAAGGGCAAGGGCGCCAUGCAGAUCGAAACCCUCGCCCAGGACGGUUACAUCCAGAUCCAAAACGUCGGCUACUUUGCCAAGGCCGAUCUGGCGAAUGCGGCCAGCGCUGAGAAGGAGUGGACACGCCAGAGCCUGUACAGUGGCCCACCCUUCGGCAACCUCGAUGAGGACCUGCAGACUCUGAUGGAGCAGUAUUUGGAGGAGAGAGGAAUUGACAAUGCGCUUGCCGUGUUCGUGCCGGAGUUUAUCGAGUUUAAGGAGCAGCAGGAGUAUAUUCGAUGGCUGAAAAACCUCAAGACUUUCAUCGAGGCUUAGAUGGCGAGGAUCUCUUGCUCUCCGGAUUUCCUAGCUGCAUAAGUAGCCCAACCGCAAACGCCGGCACCGCUUCCCUGUGCUGUAACAACCCCUAUUCCUCCUUCUAAUCCCAUCCACCUCCUCUAUGUAAAAUGACACCCCGAACCCCCCAUUAAACAUAUUAAAAUCUCAUAAAACCUUCACCUCUGUAUUUUAUUAUAACUAUUCUCUUUCGUACUUUGUUAGGCAAGUACGAACGUCAAAAGAAAGAUCAUUUUUUUGUGUGUAUUUUAUAUUCAUUAUACGGAGUAUAUAGUUCAUCUUCCUCAUCAAAGUAUCCAUGUCAAUGUUACUAUUUUUCCUUUUCUAAUUCUCCCCAUCCUUUCUCUUUUUACGGUAAACAAAACUAGGGGACAUGAUGCGUUGUUGGGGGUAAGUUGUAAAAGGGUUGAAGUUAUGUGCAGUAUUUUGGCUCAACCACCGGAAGAUAGAAGGAAGAACAAGCAAAAGAAAUUUAUACGAUCCAUUGACGUUCAAUGAUAUAAAUUUUGAAGGGGCUGAUAACUUGGUUUUCUAAUUUCUGCACUCCGUAUGCACGCAAUCUAUUUGCGCGUUAGAAGAGAGUGGGGCUCAGUUUUGGGCAAAACAUAGGUCGUCAAAGGGCACUCACUCCACGCUGUAUCAAAAAUCCUUUAUUGGCUGAUACAUAUACAUACGCGCCUACUUAUAGAAAUAUUUAGGGGUAGAAGAUACUUGAGUAACUCAAUUCGAAUCCGUUCAUUUGCUCGCUGCUGGGUUCUAAACUCCAAUCCCGCCCAAAGGAAAUAAAAGAGAAGACCGGAAAACUCCCUCCCAAAUCAUACCCUGUGCAGAACUCAUCUGAUCACAUAUAAUAAGAAUAACAGCGAAACAGAGCCCUUGCCAUCAAGUAAAUAACUCGCAUGAAUACCCUCCCCCCCAAAAAAAUUCAAACAAACCAUCCAUCCCUGCUCAAAACUCCAUAGCACUCGCCCCACUCUCUUCCGCAUCCUCCCGCCCCCUCUUCCCCAUCCCCACCCCCGUCCUCUCCGCCUUAAGCAGGCCCGCUACGAACGAGCGGAAAUAAUCAAUAUACGGCUUUAAACUAGUCUUCUCGUAGUCCUGCACCUUCCUACCCCUCCCGUCGAUAUCAGCGGUGCUGGACGGCAAAACAUCCCCAACCAUCUGUUCGUCUUUCACAGCAGCACCGUUGCUAUUAACAUCGUUAGCAUCGUCAUCCCUCAACUCAUCCCCGCCCUCCCACGCAUUAAUCUCCGCAAUAAGCUCUCCGACCGUCGGCACGCGCAGCGGAUCAAACUGCUCAACCCGCCGAAUAUCAAUGGGCACACACACGCGGCCCGUGCCCGGGUGCACGACGAAGGGGCUCUUGAGUAGGUGGAUGAGUUUCUUGCCGACCUCCGCGUCGAGGCGCGGGUAGGUAUAUUCCAACGCGAUGUCCUGCUUCGCCUCUAGGAGCGCUUUGGUGUCUAUGGGUCUAUUACUGCUGCUGGCGCCGCCUCUCCCCUUCCCAUCCUGCUGCUCAGCGCGCGACUUGGUAGACUUGGCUAGGGCGUCGAUGUCGUUCCAUUUGUUCACGCUUGAGCGAUCGGGCGCCGAGUCCCAUUUCCGCCGCAGCGCGUCCGCGAGCGGUUUAUCAGGGAGCAGGGAGAGGAGCUGCUCCGCCUGCUCCGGUUUGCUGAAUGUGUCCUGCUCAACGAGGAUUGUGGAGGCGAAGUACGGCUUGAGGAUUUCCAAGCUGCGCGCGAUGUGCGGGUGCAGGGGGCGUUUGAGGUUGACUUUCUUACCGCUCUGGCUGCCGCCGCGGAUAGCUUCGAGGUAGCCCGUGAUCGCCUUGCGGCGGUCAUCGGGCAAGUCGCGGGCGCGCCGGUCGCAGACCCAGGCGUGCGCACCGCGGCGGCCUGAAUAGACCCAGAGGAUAUGCUCGAAGCCGAAAUCCUCGCGCAGGGCUGCGUCAACGACUUUGAUGGCCAUGGUGGCGAAGGACCAACACUUUUGGCAGAUAUUGGCCUUCGUGCAGCAAGUGCGGAUGUCGUCGUAGUCUGUCAGAUCGAUGUCAAAGACUAGUUCUUUGGAGACGGGUCUGAAGCGGCUGGCUUUCCGGAGAGACUUGCGGUCGCGCGGGUUUGUGCUGUAGAUGGGUCCGAUUUCAAAGCGGGUAGGUUUUAGGUGGAGGAUUUCUUUGCGGAGGCUGUUUUGAUCCUGUUUAGUAUGUUAUUUCUCCAGGUGUAGCAGUUCGUUUUUGCUUCUUUUUUUCUUUUUAGGUUGUUUACAUACAGCUCUGCGGUUGGGAAUGAUUGAUAACGUAGAACGGCAUUGUUUUGAAGUGUGAAUGAGAAUUCUCGGUUCCCAAAGUCCGGCGAGGGUUUCACGCCGUGGUUUAGCCAUUGGAAGAAGUAUCUAAAUGGAAAGAGGCGUAGGUAGAAAGCGUGCAUUAUGUCUGAGUCUAUUUGCACUGUAGCGGGUUCAGAUGGUCUAGACACACGAUUUAGAUUCGAAUUUGCGCAGCGUGAGAGGUUGUAAGGAAGCAUACAUACUUGGGAGGCGGCUCUGGGGAGCUUUCAAGCUUUGAGGUCGCAGCAGCGCUGGACGCCGGAAA